GGGGCAGGCUGAGGCCCAGGCCUGAGAGGAUUAGGGGCGGGUCUGCGUCACGGCCUCCGGAGGCCUUUUCCUGUGGGGGGAAGCGCUGCCAAUGAGGGCUGGGCCUGUCACGUGGGCCUGACAGCUGGGGAGGGGGUGGCCGGUGACAAUGUGGUCCUGAGGCCACCAACAUCAGGAGCUGCGGCGCUGAGACCCCCGGCCCGCCGCCCUCGGGCCCUUCGGGGCUGCUGGGCACGGCGCCACCAUGUUCUCCAGGAAGAAGCGAGAGCUCAUGAAAACCCCUUCCAUCUCGAAAAAGAACCGGGCGGGAAGCCCCUGCCCACAGCCCUCGGGGGAGCUAACCAGGAGAGAUGGGGCUGAUACAGUGUCCCUGGGACCCAGCCUGGAACCACCAAGCGUGGCCUCAAGUGCCAAGGCCACAGGCACACUCAAGAGGCCCACCAGCCUGAGCCGCCACGCCAGUGCGGCUGGCUUCCCAUUGUCCGGAGCCAGCACCUGGACGCUUGGCCGUGGCCACCGCAGCCCACUGACCACGGCCAGUCCGGCCGAGGUACCCAACCAGGGACCCUGCCCCGACACCGUGGAGGACAUCUCCCAUCUGCUGGCUGACGUGGCCCGCUUUGCCGAGGGCCUUGAGAAGCUGAAGGAGUGUGUUCUGCAUGACGGGUUGCUGACUAGGACCAGAUGUCCUCUGAAUAUCAGGAUUGUUGUGGGGACACAGACCCACACAGCAGCUUGCAGACCCCUGUGCAGUCCGCCCAGGAGGGAUCCACUGCACCCCGGGCUGGAUCAGGGCCCUGUGCGCUGCCAGGCCAGGCCCCGAGACCUCCUUGAGGCCCGCCGGCCACUGGCCCAUGAGCGCCUGGGUGAGGCCCUCCGUGUGAUGCGCCAGGUCAUCUCCAAGUACCCACUGCUGAACACUCUGGAGACGCUCACGGCUGCUGGCACUCUCAUUGCCAAGAUCAAAGCCUUCCAUUACGAGUCCAACAAUGAGUCUGACAAGCAGGAGUUUGAGAAGGCUUUGGAGACCAUUGCCGUCUCCUUCAGUAGCACAGUGUCCGAAUUCCUCAUGGGUGAAGUGGACAGCAGCAUUCUCCUGUCAGUGCCCCCCGGGGACCCGGGCCAGUCCAUGGAGAACCUGUACGGACAGGGGAGUGAGGGUGCUCCCACCAGCACUGAGGACUGUGAUGUGGGCUGCCUGCCCCCAGAGGAGGUGGAUAUGCUGCUGCAGCGCUGCGAGGGUGGCGUGGACGCAGCCCUACAGUACGCCAAGAACAUGGCCAAGUACAUGAAGGACCUCAUUGGCUACCUGGAGAAGCGGACAGCCCUGGAGAUGGACUUCGCCAAAGGCCUGCAGAAGAUCGUCCACAACAGCAGACAGAGUGUCACCCAGGAGCCCCACAUGCCGCUCUUGUCCAUCUACUUGCUGGCCCUGGAGCAGGACCUGGAGUUUGGUCAUGGCAUGGUGCAGGCAGUGGGCACACUGCAGACCCAGACCUUCAUGCAGCCCCUGAACCUGCGGAGGCUUGAGCAUGAGAAGCGCAGAAAGGAGAUCAAGGAGUCCUGGCACCGUGCCCAGAGGAAGCUGCAAGAGGCCGAGUCAAAUCUGCGUAAGGCCAAGCAGGGCUAUGUUCAGCGCUGUGAGGACCACGACAAAGCCCGUUUCCUGGUGGCCAAGGCGGAGGAAGAGCAGGCCGGCACUGGACCCGGGGCGGGGGGUGCAGCCUCCAAGACCCUGGACAAGCGGCGGCGCCUGGAGGAGGAGGCCAAGAACAAGGCAGAGGAAGCUAUGGCCACGUACCGCACGUGUGUGGCGGAUGCUAAGACACAGAAGCAGGAGCUGGAGGACACCAAGGUGACAGCACUCCGGCAGAUCCAGGAGGUCAUCCGGCAGAGCGAUCAGACCAUCAAGUCGGCCACCAUCUCCUACUACCAGAUGAUGCACAUGCAGACGGCCCCGCUGCCCGUGCACUUCCAGAUGCUGUGUGAGAGCAGCAAGCUGUAUGACCCAGGACAGCAGUAUGCCUCCCACGUGCGCCAGCUGCAGCGUGGCGAGGAGCCCGAUGUGCACUAUGACUUCGAGCCCCACGUCUCCACCAAUGCCUGGUCCCCAGUCAUGCGUGCUCGGAAGGGUAGCUUCAAUGUUGGCGACAAUGCAGGGGCGGAGGCUGCAGGCACCCCCCCGGAGGAAGGUGGGCCCAGUGAUGGGGCUCUUGCCAAGGACCGCAGGGGUGGGCGAGGACACCAGGUGCACAAGUCGUGGCCGAUCUCCAUCUCGGACUCCGAGGCCAGUCUGGACCCCAGCCCUGGCUCAGGGGACUUUAAGAAGUUUGAACGGAUGUCUUCCAGUGGCACCAUGUCAUCCAGCGAGGAGCUGGCCGACCAGGAGGGCAGUGCAGGGGCAUCAGCCUUUGACCAGACUGACCUCAAUGGCAUGGCCCCAGAGCUGCCUGUGGCGGUGCCCAGCGGGCCCUUCCGCCAUGUGGGGCUGUCCAAGGCAGCUCGUACCCACCGGCUCCGGAAGCUCCGCACACCCGCCAAGUGCCGGGAGUGCAACAGCUAUGUCUACUUCCAGGGUGCUGAGUGUGAGGAGUGCUGCCUGGCCUGCCACAAGAAGUGCCUGGAGACCCUGGCCAUCCAGUGCGGCCACAAGAAGCUGCAGGGACGCCUACAGCUCUUCGGCCAGGACUUCAGCCAGGCCGCUCGAAGCACCCCAGACGGUGUGCCCUUCAUUGUUAAGAAGUGCAUCUUUGAGAUUGAGCAGCGGGCGCUGCGCACCAAGGGUAUCUACCGGGUCAAUGGGGUGAAGACACGUGUGGAGAAGCUGUGCCAGGCCUUCGAGAAUGGAAAGGAGCUGGUGGAGCUGUCGCAGGCCUCACCCCACGACAUCAGCAAUGUCCUCAAACUCUACCUGCGCCAGCUGCCCGAGCCACUCAUCUCCUUCCGCCUCUACCAUGAGCUUGUGGGGCUGGCCAAGGACAGUCUCAAGGCAGAGGCUGAGGCCAAGGCAGCAUCCCGGGGCCGAGUGGACAUCACCGAGAGAGAGGCUUCAGCAGUGGCCAUGGCAGGCCGGCUGCGGGAGCUCCUGCAGGACCUGCCGCUGGAGAACCGGGCCACACUGCAGUACUUGGUGCGGCACCUGCGCAGGAUUGUGGAGGUGGAGCAGGACAACAAGAUGACACCAGGGAACCUGGGCAUCGUGUUUGGGCCCACGCUGCUGCGGCCCCGGCCCACUGAGGCCACAGUGUCUCUCUCCUCCCUGGUGGACUACCCCCACCAGGCCUGCAUCGUGGAGACCCUCAUCACCCACUACAGCCUGGUCUUUGAGGAGGAGCCCGAGGAAGUGCCUGGUGGCCAGGAGGGGACGUCCAGCCAGCAAGCUGAGGUGGUGGUCCAGGUGCCGUACCUGGAGGCGAGCGGGGGUGCAGCCUUCCCCCUGCAAGAGGAGGCUGAGGACGGGCCCCUUGAACCGCACAUCGCCUCCAAUGACUCUGACUCAGAGCUGGAGGAGGCCCCGGAGCUGCCCUCCCCGGCAGGCGGGGGUGCCCUGCACCGCCUCAGCUUCCUGGAGAAGCAGGGCAGUGAGGCCAGCGCUGAGAGCAGCCGGGACAGCCGCAGUGGCAGCGAGGAGCAGCUGGGCGCUGUGACUGGGGAGGAUGGCGACGGGCUCUGGGAGAGCCUUGGGGAGGACCCAGCACGGCGGCUCUCGGAGUACAACACCAACCAGUGCAACAAUGUGGCCCCGGUACGACUGCCGGCCAUGAGGCUCCGUGCCGGGCGGCUCCCCACAGGCAGCGGCUGGGAGAGGCAGCCAGAGUUUGUCUAGCUAGGCCGGCUCCUGGCCCUGCGGAUGUCCAGUCACUGAGAGGUUGCUCCCAUGGCCCACAGCGGUGAGAGCACUGCUGGCCAACUUUUCCAGAAGCUUCUGCCCAUGCUGCUCUGCACACCUACCAGGCCCAGCUCCAUGGGGCUGGGGUGGGGGCUGUGUCGGAAGGACCCUGCUGAUGCUGGGUGGAGGGCUGCAGGCUUUUGUGGGUGGCGGGCUGGCGGUCUGGGGAUGCCCUGCACACCCUGCCCACCUGGGGUUUGGCCCCCUGGCGUGUGGGCAUACAGUGAGGUACCACAAUGCACUUCUUUGAGGGAUGAGUGCUGAUGGGGUGGGGUUGGGGGGCUUCUUUUCUAAGGUGGUGUAGAUGUUCCAAACUGCGGUGGUGGGUACACGUGUGCAUGUACUAGAAGUGUGGAACUGUCAAUGAUGACUCACAGGCACGUGAAUUCUGUUUCAGGGGAGCUAUCGAAUAAAAAUGCAGGUAUCUGUGCUUA